UUUCUAUCCAUCGAAAUAUGCUAAAGGGAAAGUGGUUGACAAUUCGUAUCAGAAAAUUGGAGAAAUUUAGGCAAGGAAACGGAUUCUGUGCGCUUCUGCAAUUCAUGAGGUGUCUGUGUAUGACGACGCUCUAAAAAAAAAAGUUAGUUCCCCUGGGACACUGGAUAUAGGUCCAUAAAAAAAAGCUUCAUUGGCAUGCUCCUGGCUACUUUCAUUCAUGUUUCAUUCUUUACUAUUUCGCGUAUCUCGAUAUGAUAGUAUUGGGAUUUGUAUAAUAAAGUGUAUUAUUAUACUAGAUGUAUACUAUAAUAAAUAUAUGGCAAUAUCAAAAUAGUACGUUAAUCUAUCGAAGAUGGGACUUUUUGCAUUUUUUUAUAGCAAGAGUAAGAAGAUUGGAUUCAUCCAUAAAGAAAAUGAAACCCUUGAUAUCAUUUGUGCAUCCUCGAACGAUGACUCGACUUCGACUUCUUAAGGGAGAGCAAGAAGCGAUGACUCAUGACAUUCGAAAUGUCAGAAUGAAUAUAAAAAUACACUUUCCUUUUCUACUCAUUGCUUAAAUUUGCGUUUCAACUAGGCGGAAGCUCCCAACGAAGACUGAAGAAUCGAAUCAUUUUACAGCGUCCCUACUAGGUAGAUUAAUAUGUUACCAGUAAUUUGCAAAAAGGAAAAGACGAUAGCUUUCACCUUCCUAUUCUUUCAAUUCUUUCAUUUUCUUUCUUUCUUCCUAUUUGUCUUUAUGUCUAGCCUUGCUAUUUCGUCGUUUCCCUUUUGUACAAGGAUUGGAUUGUAAUCAAAGAGAUAUUCCCCGUAACUGUUCACUUCAUAAUCCUUUUCUUUUCUUUUCCAUCUCUUUCAAUCCCUUUUGUUUCCUUUCAACGCUAGUUCCUUUGUUUACUACUUACCGAGCGGAAUGGAAUCCUCGUUGGGCAUACAGUGUUACUUGGGAAGUUAAACAACUCUGAGCAGGCUUCAGCCAGCUAACAAUUACCAAGAAGUCUUUAGUUUUUGGGGAACGUCUCCAGCUUCUUGGAAUAUCUAUUGGAUUUAGUUACGUGUUUCUCGUAUAUCCUUCAGUUCACUCUUUGUAAUUUUACUGAAUUUGGCUUUGAUUUAAGAAAUUUGUCGUGCAAUAUGUUGUCAAGAAGUAUUUUAAGAAAAACGGCACGUACUUUUACUCCUCAUGUGCAGAAGCGCAACUUGGCUCUUCAUGAGUAUCUUUCACACGACGUUCUUAGAAAGUUCGACGUUGAUGUUCCCCGUGGUGGUGUCGCCAGAACGGGGGAAGAAGCGGAGAAAGUUGCUCGUAAUCUUGGUGUUAGUGAUUUGGUUGUGAAAGCCCAGGUCUUGGCUGGUGGUCGUGGUAAAGGUCAGUUUGAAAGUGGUCUCCGGGGCGGUGUUCGUCCCGUCUAUGAUCCUACUGAAGCAAGAAUGUUUUCCGAGCAAAUGAUUGGCCAUAAGCUCAUUACCAAGCAAACUGGUCCUGCUGGCAAGCCUUGUAACAGUGUUUACGUUUGUGAACGCAAAUACGUUCGCCGUGAAUACUACUUUGCCAUCUUGAUGAACCGUGAUGAACAGUGUCCCAUGAUUGUUGCUUCCGAUCAAGGUGGUGUCGAUAUCGAGGGUGUCGCUGCUGAAAACCCCAGUGCCAUUAUCAAACGCUCCCUUCCUAAUACUCCUACUUUGGAUCGCUCUAUCGCAGAUGAAGUCGUUACCAAGCUUGGUUUCACUCCUGCUUGUAAAGAACAAGCAAUCGAUGCUAUCACCAAACUAUACAAGGUGUUUAAUGACUGCGAUGCUACGCAAGUUGAAAUUAACCCUCUCGCCGAAACUACCGAUCAAAAGGUUCUUUGUAUGGACGCCAAGCUUAGCUUCGAUGACAAUGCAGAAUUCCGUCAUCCUGAUAUCUUCGCUCAGCGUGAUAUUACCCAAGAAGAUCCUGAUGAGGCUCAAGCUGGCAAGGUUGGCUUGAACUUUAUCAAAUUGGAUGGUAACAUUGGUUGCCUUGUUAAUGGUGCUGGUCUUGCCAUGGCCACUAUGGACAUUAUUAAGCUUCAUGGUGGUGAACCUGCUAACUUUUUGGAUGUCGGUGGUAAUGCCAAUGCCGAGGCUAUCCGUAAGGCCUUCUCCCUCAUUACCAAGGACAACAAGACUACUGCCAUUUUUGUUAACAUCUUCGGUGGUAUCGUUCGCUGCGAUGUCAUUGCCCAGGGUCUUAUCUCUGUCGUUUCUGGUUUGAAUCUCAACAUUCCUAUCAUUUGCCGUUUACAAGGUACUAACCAGGAUGCUGCCAAGGAUGUUAUCAACAACUCUGGUCUUCGUAUUUUCUCUUUCGACGAUCUUGAUGAAGCCGCCCAAAAAGCUUGCCGUUACAGCCGCGUCGUUGAAAUGGCUCGUGAAGCCAAUAUCAACGUUAGUUUUGAGCUUCCUCUUUGAUUUUCAUUAGUAUUAUCUUCAACUUAACAACCCCCUCUCUAAUGAUUUCUACUUAGCGGUUACUAAUUUUACAGCGAAAGCAUAAACCUUCUUUACGUAAUCUUAAUUCAUUUUUAUUAUGCAGUCAUAUAUCGUUACAAAACCAGUAAAUUCGUAAACUUAUUAUUUAUCGUAAAUGAAGUGUUCUUGGUCAUUCCUAUAAAUAAUUUCUUUUCAUUCCAUACUCUCAUAACUUAGUGUCCCUUUCCUAACAACCAAAAAUGUACGUAUUUUUUUAUCUCCUUUUUCGACAAAAUGUACGUGUUCUUGACGAAGACUGAUUUCUGCAACCAUUAUAAUAGCAUCACAAGGCCAUUACACGAACUAUCUCAGUUCUAUUUCAAAACCAACAACUUGUUUUCAAAUCUGGCAACUUUUCGAAUAACCUUCUGAAUGACCGUACGAUUUCUGGUGUCUGCUUUAAACUUGGCUUGAAAUAGAUGAAUCAAAUCUUUAAUAGUGAUAGGUCCAUUCCUGAGAGCUUCUAUGACUUCGGCAUCAGUUAUGAGAUUGGAAUCGUCUGUAGGUACAUUCGCUGCUCCCUCUGCUCCAACAGUUGCAUCAGACGCGGGAGCAGUAGUUAUUUUAGGACGAAGAGGAGGAAAGUCAGAAGCAAACCGGGAAAGUUUUUCACUUGAGAUUCGUAAAACAAGAUAUCCGGGUCCUUUAACGAUAGGCUCUGAAGUCCUUGAUUGUACAAAAGACUGAGAAGGCGAACUGAGUCGAGAGACUGGACGUUGAGGACUUAAAUUGGUACUAGGGGUACCCAACGGUUUGGGGGUAGUAGCUUUUGAAGCUGAAAAACGAGAUUUAACUUUUUCUUCACGCUUCUGUAACUCUUCUUCUUCUUUAAGUACCUCUUCUUCGCUGCUAGCCUCGUUGGGUGAAGCAUAAGGGUUCUCAUCUUCCUCGUCACUUUCAUAAGCCAGAUUUUUCUCAAGUAAUUUGAGAUAACGUUGAAGUUUUUUACCUUCAUGAGAUAUCUGGCGUUCUUGCUCCGCUUCAACGUUAGGUUCUUCAGCUUCACCAAAUAAAUUGGCAGUAAGCAUUUCUUUUUUCAUCUUGUCUUCCAACUGUUUAUUGUCCUCCUCAUUGCCUUCCAUAAUCGGCGCUUCCUCGUCGUCUGCAAACUCUUCAUCAAAAUCUAAUUCAUCAUCACUUCCCGUAGCCCUAGGUCCAGAAACGGUACGAGCAUUGGGAACUGUUUUGAGGUGGUACAUAGGCGAAGCAGUGCCCUCCGAAGAUCCUUCUUGCUCAUUAUCUUUUUUCAUAAACCAUCGAGGAAUUGGAGUCUUUUUAUUCAUCUAAAAAAUUGUUAAUAAAAUAAGGUAAUAACCCAUAAACUUACCUUGGCCUCGGCUUCAUCAAUAGAGAGAGUUUGAAAAUUAUUACGCUGAUUGAAUCGAUAGAAACGAUCGGCUGGAAUAACCUUGAAUCCAUUCUCCUAAACUUGUUAGCAAAAAAACCCUUUCAUUUUACACAGGAAUGGCUUGUUGGAGAAAUUUCUCCAAUGAAAAAACCUACAGAAAACAUAAACAAGACAUAGGCAGAGGAUUGACCGCCUUCCAUAGUGCUAACCCAAGUGUUUUUUCCUUCAAAAUCCUCCAUUAUCCAAGGCGAUAAUUCUUCUUCUUGGAGUCUGCGGACUUGUGGAUCCACCUUGACAACUUGGCG